AUUACUGGUUCCCAUAGCUAUAGGCAUAGUACUGUCCGCGGUGGCCACGAGCACGAGCAACCACGUUUUGAUCCCUUUCGUAAUGAGUGGGAUGAUAUAAGAGUCCUGCCCUCUGCCACUGGCGUUUCCACAAGUCUCUCAACAAGUCUUCGUGUAAGCUUCACCACCUGUACCGUUGCACGGGCGUGGACUCGCCCACGUCGCCGCGUAUAUUCAGCCCCGUCGAAGUCCCCAACCUUCGCAACCCGUUCGAAGCUUCCGUCUCUGGACAUGUCAGCGUCCAGGACGUCGUCUACUCGCCGUCGCACAGACACUCUCGACACAGGCGGCUCAGGAGCACCCUCUGCCUCCUCUGCGACAAACCCGCACUAUGGUCGUCAAAGAAGCAACUCCAACUCUACCUCGGUGUCCGCAGAAGGCCAUACGAUCCCUCCGGAUGAGAUUGCUUUUGCUCGUAGGGCGAGUCAUAACGCUGUGGAACGCCAACGCCGUGAUGCUCUCAACCUCAAGUAUCUGGCACUUGGCCAAGCUCUUCCAGCACUCGAAAACAUUCGCAGGCCCAGCAAAACCUCUAUCAUCAAUGAAGCGCUCGCGUUUGUCGUUAAAGCCCGAACCAUCAUGCGCGAGAACGAGGCAUUGAAGCGCGAGAAUGCGGAACUGAAAACGAAACUGGGCAUUACAGAGCCUCAACAAAAGACAACUGAUGAUACGGAAGUUACUGCCGAUGACAAGACUGUGAUCCCCCACGUUAGUGCCAGCGACGACGAAGCAAUCAUUGACGAAGAAGACGACAGCACACCCGAAUUGCCUCGCUCAACCAAUCCGUCCCAACUAUCGUCUUUGUCUUCGUCACUUCCAUCUUCCCGAUCAUUCUCAUUUUCCGAAUUCUAUCCAACGCCCGCGGCUCAGACUGUCGAGCCCGUCUACUUGACACGACAAGCACCAAUCAUUUCUUCUCACGGUAUGUUCGACGUCCUCCAAGGUCCCACCCCAGUGUCCUCAAGAAGCUCAGAAACCGGCGGAGACAGCGCAUCUCCUCGUCAACCUCCUUUGUAUAUUGUCGAACCUCAAAGGAAUUACCUGCCUCAAUUGCCUCAGCAAUACGCAGCACAUACCGAAGUCCCUUUGAGCACCCCGUUCGACAACGUGCAAUACACCGCAAGCCCUCACAUGGCAACGGCAAGCUCACCUAUGCCAUCGCCUACAUUUGGCAGGGGUCAACAUGGUCUUGGUCUUCUUAACCUUCCAACAGCUGGCGAUUAUGCUUCCUCUCGAGGUUCAAGCCGCGGUACCCUCACAGGUCCAGCAGCCCCAGUCAACACCGUCUUCGCUGCAGGCCCUGACCAUGGCCAAGCACCACAUAACGUCCUAAUAAAUUCCCAGUUCUACGACUUGAGUCCAGGAUAUCUUGUGGCGGAGGGUCAGAACAUCUUUUGGGCGAAUGAGACAGACCCUGCAGCGGCAUUGGAGGAUCUUGGUGACCAGGAUGCACAGAUGAUUCCGGUGGAACUGUUUCAGGCCAAUGAUUACUUUGCGAGUGAGUUUGGAUCGGGGCCAGGUGGAACUGGCGAGUGAGUAAGGAUGGCGAAGUGAUAUGGUU